AUGACGCGAUUGAUUUGCAGCGUGGGAGAAAAAAAAAUCAAGGUACCAAUUUUUUCUACACGAGUGUCAUGGCAACAUUUCGUCUUGGCACGCACAGACAAAAGCGCUUUUGGAGAGGAAAAAACCUUGAUAAGUAUAUACUGUAAAACUUGUAUCAUUCCGUUUACCCACCCAAACAUCUAUUUUGCCUGCACAUUGACAAGGAGUUCAAAAACUCGUUUCGCGGAUGUGCAUCCAUCUUCUUCUUCUUCUUCUUCUUCUUUCUUGGGCUUCUAG